AUGGCAUCCAAUGAUGAGCGCACAGCUCUGCUUGAGCCCGCUCGUCGCCAUGUCUCGCCUACAGUCUCUCGACGGCUAUACGUGUCGCACUUUUUGUCAACUUGGAACUCCAGAGUCUUUGAGUUUGGCGCAGUGCUUUACUUGGCAGCGGUUUUUCCUGGAACUCUGCUGCCAAUGUCCUUGUACGCCCUAGUUCGCGGCGUAUCUGCAAUCAUCUUUGCGCCGGCGGUUGGGUGGUACAUUGACACGGGCAACCGUCUUCAGGUUGUCCGAGUCUCCAUUGUGUUCCAGAGACUGGUAGUUGCAGCAUCCUGUGCAGUCUUCUAUAUCCUCGCCAUUGAUACACCACUCCCCUCUGGCGUGCGAGCGGGACUUGUCGCUGUCGUGACGUUAUUUGCCUGUGUGGAGAAGCCAUGCUCGAUAUUGAAUCUGGUGUCUGUAGAAAAAGAUUGGGUCAUUGUGGUCUCGCAAGGCAAUCCGGAAGUUCUUCAAGUCAUGAAUGCACAAAUGCGACGAAUCGACCUGCUCUGCAAAUUGUUUGGGCCGUUGUUCAUCGCCAUGAUGGACGCUUAUUCGUCGCGGGUAGCCAUCAUCGUCAACUUUGCAAUGAACGCGGCAUCUAUUGCAGUGGAGUACUUCGCUAUCGCUCGAGUCUAUUACGAAGUCCCAGAGCUACAAGAGACAAAGGCCAAACCACGACGUGAAAUAUCUGAGGAACCAGAAGCCCAGUCGUCUCAUAACUCAAGACCCAUCGUUAGCGCCAUCUGGCAGCGACUGAUUGAUGUCAUUCACAAAUCCGCGCAGGAUAUCUCUUUGUAUCUGAAGCAUCAGGCGUUUCUCCCAUCCAUUGCCGGCGCAAUCUUGUAUCUUACGGUCCUCAGCUUUGGAGGCCAGAUGGUUACAUACUUACUCUCUGCAGGCUAUAGUUCCUUGCAAGUCGGCAUUGCGAGGACGGUUGGCGUGGUAUUUGAGGUUCUGGCAACGUGGGUGGCACCGUGGCUCAUACGACGAAUCGGGGCGAUUAGAGCCGGCCUCUGGAUGAGCAGCUGGCAGGUCACGAUGCUGGCUGCGGGAGUAUCUGUAUUUUGGAUAUUUGAUAUGACGAGCAACUCGCUCAUCGCAGCAAGCGGCCUUGUGGGAGGCACCGUGUUGAGUCGCUUAGGCCUUCGGGGAUUCGACCUGUGCGUCCAGCUAAUUGUCCAAGAGGAAGUCGAAGCCGAGAAUCGCGGCGUCUUCUCUUCCGUCGAGGCCGCCUGGCAAAGCGCCUUUGAGCUGCUCGCCUAUACGUCCACCAUCGUCUUUUCUCGCCCUGAGCAGUUCAAAUGGCCAUCGCUCAUCUCAUCCAUCGCCGUUGCGUCAGCCAGCAGUGCUUAUGCAGUGUUUGUUUACCUGCGCCGAGGCCAUCUGCUGCAUCUCGAGGCUCUCACAUGCUUUCUGCGGACCGAGAAGGGGAAACAGCGCGACCGAGAAAGAGACGUUGAGCAAAUCUCUGUUGGAUCUGAGAUGUAG